UCGCGAAAAAACGAAUACUUUAUACUUAUUAAUUUAGAAUUAACAAAAAGAGGUUUUGUACACAUUAUAAAUUACGUGAAUAUCAUAUAUAUCAAUCGAACAAAUUGAGUUAUUUUAAAAACAAAUAAUGCCUGUAUUAUAUUAUUUUCCUCUGAGUCCACCUUCCCGAGCUGUCAUGCUCGUGGUAGAGGCAAUAGGACUCGAAAUGGAAUUAGUAAUAUUGAACACAAUGACUGGUGAGCAUUUGACACCGGAAUACGAGGAGUUGAAUCCACAAAAGACAGUUCCUUUUCUAAUCGACGAUGAUCUUAAAAUAUCGGAAAGGUCUGUAGAAGCUAUCAUGGCUUAUUUGGUCGAUCAAUAUGGCCAGGAUGAUACAUUAUAUCCGCGCAAUAUAGAGGCACGUGCUUUAGUUAAUCAACGAUUAUAUUUCGAUCUUGGCAAUCUUUUUCCGAAUAUAUUUGAUUGUUACUUGAAAGUUCUCAGAAAGGAAAUCGAUACGUGUGAUCCAGCACAGUUUGAAAAACUAAUAGAAAAUUUUCAAAUCAUGAACAAUUUUCUUGAAGGACAAGCUUACGUGGCUGGAGAUAAUUUAACGAUCGCCGAUCUUUCCUUAGUUGCGUCAGUAACAACAGCGAUGAUUUUUGGGUUUGAUUUGGGAGAAUACAAUAACAUUUCUGAUUGGUUGGAGAGAAUACAAACAUCUGCACCUGGAUAUGAGAAAGCUAAUGGUGAACCUGUCGAGAUGUUCAAGCAAAUGGUUCAAGCUUCACAAGGCAACACAGAAGAAGGAGAAGGAGGAGGAGAAGAAGCAGAAGAAGAAGAAAAAGAAAAAGAAGCUGAAGGAGAAGAUUAG